CAUUUGGUUGAGCGCGCCUACAACGUAGACGUCGUUCGUUUGCUGCGCGGCACUAUAUUUGUUGAUUAUUUAUCAUUUAAAGUGUAAACACUUAGAAACUGUAUUAGCUAACGAUGUCUGACGUAUAUAUCGUGUCCGCAGCGCGUACGCCCAUUGGCAGCUUCAAUGGAACACUUUCUAAAUUGAAGGCCUCAGAUUUGGGCAGUGUGGUCAUCAAGGAGGUAUUAAAGCGUGCCCAUGUCGAGGCGCCGCAAGUGAACGAAGUUAUUAUGGGCCAGGCAUUGACUGCAGGCCAAGGCCAGAAUCCCGCACGUCAAGCCGCUCUGAAGGCCGGUUUGCCUAUUGAGGUGCCCGCUUAUGGUAUUAAUAUACUGUGCGGAUCAGGUUUAAAAACUGUGGUGCUGGGCUAUCAGGCGAUACGUUCAGGUGACGCUAAGAUUGUUAUUGCCGGCGGCCAGGAGAGCAUGUCCAGUGCUCCACAUGUAGUCCAUCUGCGUCAGGGCAUCAAAAUGGGCCCUGCAACGAUGCUGGACACCAUGGUGCACGAUGGCCUCACCGAUGCAAUGGAUCAAAUACAUAUGGGCAUCACUGCCGAAAACCUGGCAGAGAAGUACCAAAUCAGCCGCGAGGCUCAGGAUGCUCAAGCCUUGCAAUCGCAGCUGCUCGCUGAGCAAGCCCAGAAGCUGGGCUACUUUGAUGCUGAGAUUGUGCCAGUGGAGAUCAAGGAUCGUAAGGGCACACAACUAUUCAGCAAAGAUGAAUACAUCAAAGCAGGCAGCACUUUGGAGGGCUUGCAAAGGCUGCGACCUGCCUUCAAGGAGGGCGGCACCGUGACAGCUGGCAAUGCAUCGGGAGUCAACGAUUCGGCUGCAGCGGUGUUGCUCAUGUCCGGCGAAGAGGUUAACAAACGCGGUCUCAAACCUCUUGCCAAAAUUGUGGGCUGGACACAGAGCGGCAUCGAACCCAAUGUCAUGGGUCUGGGUCCAGUGACUGCCGUGGAAUCAUUGCUAACUAAAAUUGGCUGGACUCGUGAUGACGUGGAUCUGUUUGAGCUUAACGAGGCCUUUGCUGCGCAAGCUCUAGCCGUGCUAAAGUGCCUAAAGUUGGAUGAGAAAAAAGUGAAUGUGAAUGGCGGCGCCAUUGCCCUGGGCCAUCCAAUUGGUGCGUCCGGCGCUCGCGUUCUAGUGACCUUGUUGUAUGCUCUGGAGCGUACAGGCGGACGACGUGGCAUUGCCUCACUGUGCAUUGGCGGUGGCAUGGGCAUUGCACUGGCCGUGGAGCGCAUCAUCUAAUUUGUAGUCUAUAGUCAACGUUCUCUUCCUAAUUAUUGUUUAUUCCAUUAUUGCUUGCACUG